AUGCGGGCUUCAGACGUUGAUGUCGAGUACCAACCCUUCCCCAUUUCUGAUCGAGGCAGAAUCGCGGGAAGUCCUAAUAGUGUGACGUCGAUCGAUCAGCGGAUAACCUGCCCUACUAACGGCGAAGCAUUUAGACCAUUGGAAGAGGGAGAAAGUGGUAUCAGCAACAAUGAUGAAAUUAAUGCGUGGGGAUUUGGAAAUGAAGAAAGAACCAGUGGAAUUCCGGCGGCUGCACAAUUGGAACGACAUAAUCGAAUUGUGAUCAAUAUCUCUGGCAUGAGGUAUGAGACCCAUGAGAGCACACUGGCGAGCCUGCCUGAUUCUUUGCUUGGUUCAACCAUAAAGCGAGCGCCUUACUACCGCCCUGCUAGUAACGACUUGUACUUUGAAAGAAACAGGGAAGCCUUUGACAGCAUCUUGUUUUACUACCAAUCAGGAGGCAAAGAUGGUGGAAUUCUCGUAAAGCCUGAUGGGAUAACAGAUGAGACAUUUGCCGUUGACGUGAAGUUCUUCGAGUUGGGAGAAGAAGCGGAGAGGAUGCUUGGUUUAGUUCCUGAAAGAAAUCAUGAUGAGUUCGAAGGUAUUACUUCUGGCUUGACGUUCAAGAUUGCUGCCCUCUUUGAACCCAACAGAACUCAUAAUUUCACACCCUUACACAGACUGAUAGAUGUCUGGACAAUUGCUGUCAUAGUACUCUUUAUUACAUUGCUCUGCAUAAAAACUCUACCGUCGAUAAAAGAAAUGUUAAUAGUAAACCGGUGCUGCAACCAAUCAGAUACCAAUGUAGCACCAGAAACACGCCGCGGCAUUAGCCUUUUCUGGUCCGUUGGCGAGAAGGUCUGCGUAUCAUGGUUUACGCUGGAGUACAUCCUCCGUACGCUUAGCACAACACACAAGAGAGCUUAUCUACUUUCGAAGCAAGGAAUUUUUGACAUGUUGUCAUUUCUUCCUUAUGUUAUUCAAAUUAUACUCAAAGAGAUACGAUCAGCAACAGAUGAGCUUUACCUUCAUGGCGUUUUAAACUUGUUAGCGUUCUUUUCAGUGUUUAAGCUGACGCGCUAUUCUGAGGGACUUCGAAUCCUUAUGAGGGCAAUUCAAAUGAGCUUGAAAGAACUGGCGCUCUUUCUACAAUGUGUGUUCCUCAGCCUGAUAUUGUUUUCGUCUGUAAUAUACUUCUGUGAAAGCAGUGAACAGACCACACCCUUCACCAGUAUCCCAGCCACAUUUUGGUUUGUUACCGUCACCAUGACAACAGUGGGGUACGGUGACAUGACGCCUACCACAGUGGCGGGAAAAAUCUUCAGCGCGCUGUGCGCCGUUUUAGGAGUAUGUGUUGUUUUAGCAAUCCCUUCCACAGUUAUUGUCUCAAAUUUCAUUUUUUUAUUAUUCGGAGCAAAAAACAAAGCCAAGAAAAGGCAAAAAAGAAAGAAAAGAAGUUUUCUGCUAGAAUGGAUAAAUAGGUUUCGCACAGUCUCUUUGUGA